UUCUGUAUAUAGACCUGGUUGUCUCAGAGUGAAGAACAUCACCUGGGUCUUCCAUAUCAAAAGAUCUCAAUCUUUGAAGCUAUCGUACAUACAGUCGUCUAGCACUCAACAAGAUGCUUUCAUCCAAGCAUUUCGUGAUCCGGUCUUGCCGUGUCACUGCCAAUCGAGGCUUCUCUACCCAUUCCGCUCUGAUGGCUGCUGCCAAACGGAGAAAGGUCGAAGAGAUUCACAGACCGUCUCUUUCGGGUUCUUCGGUCGGUCACUUAUUCUCUGAGAUCAACGCAAUGAGACCCGGCAUGGAAGCUCUCCGGCCAGAUGGACAAACAAUGACCGAGGAGCAACGCACAUUUGCUAGGAAGACCGCUACAUGGUUGAUGGGAGUUCCGGUUGUCCUAGGCACUUUGAUUGUAGGCGGAAACUGGAUUAUGAAGGACAGAGAGGACAAGACAGAGUCAUGAGAAGUGGAUAGGACGAGAAAUGAGGAUUUGCAUGCAUGUCGAUAUGAGUACUACCUGUCAUGCAUGGCCCCUUAAUAGACUCGACUCACACUGCAAACAGGGCCCCUGUCGUUUG